AACAUAACAUUACAGAUCAGCCCAACCUAAAUCUAAGUUAUCACUUUCAACGGACUUCCAAUUUGGGAGGACGGGGUAGUAGGAGGACAAUAAAUCCACAAACUGAAGCUGUACGAAACGCGCCACCCUUCUCGCGUGGAGCAACAAAUAAUGAACUUAACUCUAAAUAUCAACUUGCAACAGCACCGAAAUCUCAACCGUUAAUAAUCCCUCCGUUUCCAGAGGGAAAAAAUCCCAGCGCUCCAUAGCUUCGUGCUUCGCACGCUCUGUCCAGUCGCGUCAAUCUUCUACCUCCUCUCCUCAUCGCUGCCCUUUGAUGCUCUGCCCAAUGGACUAUCCUAAAACCAGAUCAAAAAACAUGAUUGGUAAUUGCAGAUCUCGGGAUCUAACUGUGAAGCUGGAGUGUAUUGAUUGCAGGCGUUCUACGGAGAAAGGUAGGUUGAUAGUUUAUUUACCGUAAAACCCUAGUUAACGUAUAUUUGGAGAGAAUUUACUCGUUUUCGUUGAAUUCGAAGAUAUACGUUUCUUAUUCGAUUGCAUACAUGUUAAUAUUCGAUCUGUGAAUGAAUUAAUCAGAGGUUUGGAGUUGAAUGUGUUAAAAACGAUGUCUGGUGGUGGUGUAAGUGGAGGACAUGAAGGGUCCAAAGAGAAGCUUGGAUUGGGAGACAAAGUGUACACAAGGAAGUCCAUCAAAGGGGUAAAUAAGACAUCUAAAAACAGUGGUAAUCCUACAGAAGAGCUUCACAUUCAAUCCCAAGCUGCAGAAGAAGCUGAGUGGUCCCAACCUCUAGUUAAUUCCCUUCCUAUUGUGCCGCGGGAAGGUUCUUCAAGUCUUAAACGGUCAUCCGCUGCGCCAAUGGGCAGUCGUGCAGUGGUUGCAGGUAGUGAAGGGCCAAAACUGGGAUUUACAAGGCAGGAAAACAGGGUUACAAUUAGCUUAUCAUCAAUGAAGUCUAAACGAGAAAUGCGAGAGCUAAGGAGGAAGCUGCAGAGUGAGCUGGAUGUGAUUAGGAGCUUGGUGAAGAAUAUAGAGUCAAAAGAUACACACAAGAAUGACCCUAUAGGACCUUUGCACCAAUUGAGUGUGUCAGUGUUGGAGAACAGUCAUGGUGUAAAUGACAACAUAGAUAAAGAUAAGAGGACGCCCAAGGCAAACCAAUUAUAUAGAAACUCAGAUUUUUUGCUUGCAAAAGAUAAGAUCCCACCUUCUGAAAGCAACAAGAAGGCGAAACCAAACACGAAAGCAGGGCAUGGUUUUGGGUCUGGAAAGCCAUCUAAUCAAGUGUUCAAGAAUUGCUGUGCCUUACUGGAAAGGUUAAUGAAGCACAAGCAUGGUUGGGUGUUUAACCAGCCAGUUGAUACUGUUGGUCUUGGUUUACAUGACUAUUAUGACAUCAUUAAGCAACCAAUGGAUCUUGGCACAGUGAAAUCCAGACUGGACAGUAAUUGGUACAAAUCUCCUAGAGAAUUUGCAGAGGACGUUAGACUUACAUUCAGGAACGCUAUGACGUACAAUCCAAAGGGGCAAGAUGUUCAUGUAAUGGCUGAGCAGCUCUUGCAGAUAUUUGACAACAAAUGGGCUCCUAUUGAGGCGGAAGUGGGCUUACUGACUCCUACAUCCACCAGGAAGGCCCCUAAGUUACCAAACUCUGAAAUGAGAAAAUUAGCUGGCAGGCCUGAGCCCCUGACUGACUUGAAACCAAAGCUGAAAUCCUCACAGCCUGGGAGAAUCGCUGCCCCUAAGAAGCCAAAGGCAAAGGAUCCCGAUAAAAGGGAUAUGACGUAUGAUGAGAAACAAAAACUUAGCAUGAACCUCCAAAGCUUGCCUUCUGAAAAGCUUGAAAGUGUAGUGCAAAUUAUAAGAAAGAGGAACUCCUCUCUCUGCCAACAAGAUGAUGAGAUCGAAGUAGAUAUUGACAGUGUUGAUAUAGAAACUCUUUGGGAGCUCGAUAGGUUUGUAACCAACUACAAAAAGAGCUUGAGCAAGAAUAAAAGAAAAGCUGAAAUGCCUGAUCCUGCAUCUCAACCAGUUCAAGAAGAUGAACAGCCUGUCAAAGAGAAGCAGAUAGAAGUUCCAGUGGCACUAGAAACUGCAACAGAUGCUGUAAAGAAAACUCAAAGUGACGGAAAAGCAGAAAGAAAUGACAUUUCUUCUGCUCCUGCUGAAGGGGAAAAUGUAAAGAACAAUGCAACUAAAUCAAGCAGCUCUAGCAUUGAUUCAGGGUCUUCAUCCAGUGGUUCUCAAAGUGAAAGCUCAUCAGAAGGUGGAUCUGAUGCAGAACAUUCGCCAAAGGUCUGAUGUAGUUUCUCAGAUCCAGCAGUGGCGGUAAGUUUGAGGCUUUGAGCUUAACAUCUUCAACAUCCCGCAAAGCGUAUCUAAGACAGGGUGUUUGUGGUAAAUGCUGGCUAUUCCAUGGGGGGUUUGUAUGAUCAAUAAUGUAUGUAGUGUACUAGGGCCAAUCUCAGCAUGUGUAAUUGUGUAGUAUGUUAGCUUUGUGCAUUUGCUAACAAUUAUCAUCACAACAUAUCCUCAGAGAUGCUGUAUUUCUUGGGCUGACGUGUAAGUCAGCAUUUGUAACGAUUUGUGUAAAUGAGUUAAACAUGAUUGUGGGUCCGCGGUUGGUUUGGACCCGUUUAAGACCAUUUGCUUCUUUACGUUUAGCAAACUGAACAAGGAUAAAAAAGCUCUUCGUGAAAAUAAUUGAUAGUUA